AUGGUCAAUAUACGAAAUAUAGAAUUGGUGAAUAACCCAGCAAAAUUCGAUGACCCAUAUCACUUCAGAAUCAAAUUUGAAGCCAUAGCACCUCUAGCAGAAGAUCUUGAUUGGAGACUGAUAUAUGUCGGUUCAGCGACUUCAGAGGAGUUUGAUCAGGAGUUGGAUAAUUGUUCGGUCGGACCCAUACCUGCAGGAAUAAACGCUUUCGAUUUCCAAGCUCCAGCACCAGCACAUCACUUACUUCCGUCAAUCGAAUCAGAAGAGAUAUUAGGUGUAACAGUCAUCAUUAUAACGGCAUCAUAUCGUGAAAAAGAAUUUGUCAGGGUUGGAUACUAUGUGAAUACAUAUUACGAGGAAGAAGAAUGGAAAGAAAAUCCACCAAGUACAGUUCAAUGGGAUAAGCUGUAUAGAAAUGUUUUGGUUGAAAAACCAAAAGUGACGAGAUUCCAAAAUCCAUGGGAUUCAGCACCUCAAACAUCACCAUUUGAUUCGGCAUCGACUCUUGGCAAUAACGGGAAUGGUGCAGAUCUUCCUUCAUCAUCUGGUAAUCCCGAAAUGUUCUCUGCACCAUUACCUCCACCAGUGACGAAAGCAGCGGCUGUAUCAGGCGGUGAAGAUGUAGAGAUGGCAUAG